AUGGCUCCAUCUGAUAAGAAACAAUCCGGUUAUGCUCGCUUGCUAGGUUCUGCCUCUGCCGGUAUCCUGGAAAUCGGUGUUUUCCACCCGGUUGACACUAUCUCUAAACGUUUGAUGUCUAAUCAUACUAAGAUAGCUUCGUCAUCUCAAUUGAAUACUGUUAUCUUUAAACAAUAUUCUGAUUUACCAUUCUCAAAGAGAUUUUUCACUUUGUUCCCAGGUUUAGGUUAUGCUGCUGCUUAUAAAGUUUUACAAAGAGUUUAUAAAUACGGUGGUCAACCAUUUGCUAAUGAAUUCCUAAACAAACAUUUUCAAAAUGAUUUUGAUUCUGCCUUUGGUGCAAAGACUGGUAAAGCUUUAAGAUCUGCCACUGCAGGUUCAAUGAUUGGUAUUGGUGAAAUCAUCUUAUUACCAUUAGAUGUUUUAAAGAUUAAAAGACAAACAAAUCCAGAAUCCUUUAAAGGUAGAGGAUUUGUUCAAAUUUUAAAGGAUGAAGGGUUACGUAAUUUAUAUAGAGGUUGGGGUUGGACCGCCGCUAGAAAUGCUCCUGGUUCUUUUGCUUUAUUCGGUGGUAAUGCUUUCGCUAAAGAAUAUAUCUUACAUUUAGAAGAUUAUAAUGCUGCAACAUGGUCACAAAAUUUCAUUUCUUCUAUUGUUGGUGCAUCUGCUUCAUUGAUUGUCUCUGCUCCAUUAGAUGUUAUCAAGACUAGAAUUCAAAAUAGAAAUUUUGAUAAUCCAGAAAAUGGUAUCACCAUUGUUAAAAAUACUUUAAAGAAUGAAGGUAUUACUGCUUUCUUUAAGGGUUUAGUACCAAAAUUAUUAACUACUGGUCCAAAAUUAGUCUUCUCCUUUGCAUUGGCUCAAUCUUUGAUCCCAAGAUUUGAUGCUUUGUUACAAAAGAAAUAA